GCCUAGUUAAUUAAUCGUCCCUCCCUCUCUCUCUCCUCUAUUUCUCACUUUCUCUCUCAUACCUCUCCGGCCACAGUAGGGCUUCUUCUCCGACACUUCAGAACACGUUUCUCGCCGCUGCGCUCAUUUUCGCCGGCCCUAUUCUAUCUCACGCCACCGGAGGGUUAGAGAGAGUUUCUACAGGGUCCAAUAAGAUCCGAAGCGGUGAUAAUCGGCGAAGCGAUUACUGGACAGGAGAGAAAGCUGAGGCUAGGUUUUUGUAUUUUUGUGGUGUCAUUUUGAUGCGUUGGUCGGAAUUCGAAUCCGCCAGGGUUAGAGUUUGGGUUGGACCCGUGAGAUGGCUAAUCCCGGAGCCGGGACCAAGUUCGUGUCUGUGAAUUUGAACAAGUCGUAUGGACAGCCUUCACAUCAUCAUCAUCACCAUCCACACAAUGCUAACUCAUACGGAUCGAGUCGGCUUAGAGCCGGUGGCCAUGGCACUGGAGGUGGCGGAGGAGGAGGAGGAAUGGUGGUCCUUUCAAGGCCUCGGAGUUCGCAGAAGGCUGGGCCGAAGCUUUCUGUUCCACCCCCCUUGAACCUACCUUCAUUGCGCAAGGAACAUGAGAAAUUUGAUUCUUUGGGCACUGGUGGCGGACCUGCUGGUGGAGGGGUUUCCGGUAGUGGGUCAAGGCCGUCUUCGUCGGGUAUGGGAUGGACAAAGCCUGGUCCAAUUGCUCUGCAGGAGAAAGAUGGUCUUGGUGAUCAAGGAGCUGAUGGUACUGACCAGGUUCUCAAUGGUUCUGAUGGGGCAGGGAAGGGUAGUAGUGUUUACAUGCCUCCUUCGGCUCGAUCGGGAACAGUGGGUUCUUCUGCUCCAACUUCUACUUUGGCAUUUCCACCUUUGGAGAAAGCCUCGGUGUUGAGGGGUGAGGAUUUCCCUUCUUUGAAGGCUGCUUUGCCUUCUUCAUCUGGGAAUGGGCAGAGGCAAAAGGAUAGUUUGAAUCAAAAGCAGAAACAGGCACUUGGUGAUGAGUCUCAUAAUGAGCAGAGGAAUGGUUCCCGUUUGAGUACUCCUGUUGACAUGCGCCCUCAGUUGCAUUCGUCUCGUCUUAGUAGUGGCAGUGGAAUGAAUGGCAAUGUAGAGACCAAUGGUUUUGGUGGUUCUCAAUCAAUCGCACCAGUUCGGAAGCAGGAAGAGUAUUUCCCAGGUCCAUUUCCGCUAGUCCGAGUGAACCCCAGAUCUGAUUGGGCUGAUGAUGAGCGUGAUACUAGUCAUGGUCUUAUUGAGAGGGGCAGGGACCAUGGGUUUUCAAAGAGUGAAGCUUACUGGGACAGAGAUUUUGAUAUGCCCAGAGUAAGUGUUUUACCUCACAAACCAGUUCAUAAUACGUCUGAGAGGUGGGGUCAGCGUGACGAUGAAACUGGAAAAGUUACUUCCAGUGAAGUCCCUAAAGGAGACCCGUAUGCCAGAGAUAUAAGAGCGCCUAGUAGAGAAGGGCGGGAAGGAAACUUAUGGAAAAGUUCGAUUCUUCCAAAAGAUGGUUCUAGUGUUGUAGAAGUUGGUGCAAGGCAGUCUAAUCUGAAUGGAGAAAUGCACAAAGAAAAUAAGUAUGCUCCUUCACAUUUUCGAGAAAAUGCUCACGGUGAUUUUGGGAGGAGGGAAGUAGGGUAUGGACAGGGAGGAAAGCAGUCAUGGCACAACACUAUAGACUCUCAUGGAACCCGAGGGGCUGACCGGAAUACACGAGAGCGCUAUGGAAGUGAACAACACAGCAGAUACAGGGAUAGUGCUUUACAGAAUAAUUCGAUGACCAAAUCAUCAUAUACUUCGGGUGGUGGCAGAGGGAUGCAUGUCACUGAUCCAAUACUCAACUUUGGCAAAGAGAAGCGUCUCUUUACAAAGAGUGAAAAACCUUAUGCAGAGGAUCCUUUCAUGAAAGAUUUUGGAACAGGUUUUGAUGGCCGUGAUCCCUUCUCUGGGGGUCUUCUAGGAGUGGUUAAGAGAAAGAAAGAUGCGGUCAAACAGACUGAUUUUCAUGAUCCUGUCAGAGAAUCUUUUGAGGCUGAACUUGAAAGAGUUCAGAAAAUGCAAGAACAAGAGCGGCGACGGAUUAUCGAAGAACAUGAAAGAGCUUUGGAACUAGCUCGAAGAGAAGAAGAGGAAAGAGCAAGGAUGGCUAGGGAACAAGAAGAUAGACAGAGAAAAUUGGAAGAAGAAGCUAGAGAAGCAACAUGGAGAGCAGAACAAGAGCGACUGGAAGCCAUGCGGAAAGCUGAAGAGCUGAGAAUAGCUCGGGAGGAGGAAAAACGAAGGAUGUUUAUGGAAGAAGAAAGGAGAAAACAUGCUGCUAAGCAGAAGCUUUUAGAAUUGGAGGAAAAGAUUGCCAAGAGGCAAGCUGAAACAACAAAGCCUGGGAGUAGCUCUUCAGCCCUUGCAGAUGAUAGAUUGCCUAUGAUAGAGAAAGAAAAAGAUGCCUCCAGGGCAGUGGAGGUCAGUGACUGGGAAGAUGGUGAAAGAAUGGUGGAGAGGAUCACAACUUCAGCCUCCUCUGAUUCGUCUAGUUUGAACAGGAACUCAGAGAUGGGCUCUAGGUCUCAGUUUACUAGAGAGAGUUCUGCUGCUUUUAUUGACAGAGGAAAGCCAGUUAAUUCAUGGAGAAGGGAUGCAUACGAUAAUGGAAACAACUCAACCUUACAUGUACAAGAUCAGGACAUUGGUAAUCACAGUCCUAGACGUGAUGCAUCUAUUGGCGGGAGAUCAUUCCCUAGGAAAGAGUUCUACGGUGGUGCUGGGGUUUUGCCUUCAAGAACUUAUCAAAAAGGAGGAAUUUCAGAUCCUCCAAUGGAUGAUUUCAUUUUUAAUAAUCUAAAAGGGCAGAGGUGGAAUCUUUCUGGGGAUGGAGAUCAAUACAGCAGGAACACAGAGAUUGACUCUGAAGUUCACGAUCAUCUUGUUGAAAAAUUUGAUGUGGGCUGGGGACAGGGCCAGAGCCAGGGCCGUCCCCGUGGUAACUCUCAUCCUCAAUAUCCGGAUCGACUAUACCCUAACUCUGAGGCAGAUAUGCCUUAUUCCUUUGGGAGGUCACGUUAUUCCAUGAGGCAGCCACGUGUUCUUCCCCCUCCAUCAAUAGCUUCCAUGCACAAAACCUCCUACCGGAGUGAGAUUGAACGUCCUGGCCCUUCAGCUUUUUUAGAUAGUGAGAGACAGUAUAAUCAUGCAGUAAGAAGUGAACCUACCUUGCAGACAUCAUAUGACAGCAGUCAUCGGGAGAAUCUUGGACAGCGUGAUAUAAUUGAUGUUCAGCAAGAAAAUGAGCAGAAACUGGAUGGUAAAAGCACACCAAGGUGCGAUUCGCAAUCCUCACUCUCAGUCUCAAGCCCCCCUAGUUCCCCAACUCAUCUUUCUAAUGAUGACUUGGAUGACACUAGAGAAUCUUCAUUAUUAUCUGCUGAAGGAGAACACAAAGACGUUUCUUUGUCAGGGCAGGAGAAUGAACCAGUUAGUUUACCUUCAAAUGCUGGGGAGGAAAAUAUGAGUGCUGCAAGUUGUGCAUCUGUGGGUGAUGAUGAAGAAUGGGCUGUUGAGAACAAUGAACAGCUGCAAGAGCAAGAAGAAUAUGACGAGGAUGAGGACAGAUACCAGGAAGAAGAUGAAGUGCACGAGGGAGAUGAAGAAAAUAUUGACCUGCACCAGGAAUUUGAAAGUAUGCAUUUAGAGGAGAAAGGGUCACCUGAUAUGAUGAACAACUUGGUUUUAGGAUUCAACGAGGGUGUUGAAGUUGGGAUGCCAAAUGAUGAUCUUGGAAGAAGUGCUAGGAAUGAUGAAACUGCAUUUGUCGGCCCUCUGGUGUCAUCUAGGUCUGUUGAAGAACAAAGGUCGUUUGAUAGGAUUUGCAGUGAUGGAGAAACCCUUCAACCGCUGGAUGGUUGUCCUCAAGUAUCUAGCGAAAAUGAGGUGCAGGAUCUGGCUGUUCAGCAAAGUAACGCUCCUCACACAACACAAGAAUCCGAACUUGUGGAUCAUGUGGAUGCUCCUAGUAGUUCUGGUUUGUCUUCUCAUCAUCCAGUUGUAUCUUCAGCAAACGUUGCUUCACAUUCUUCCAAUCAGGCUGUUACAUGUAGCAUUCCUGCCGUUCAAAAUCAGGCUGAGGUGCCACUUAAGCUUCAGUUUGGGCUGUUUUCUGGUCCCUCCUUGAUACCUUCUCCAGUCCCAGCAAUACAGAUCGGUUCUAUACAGAUGCCUCUUCAUCUGCAUCCUCAAGUUGGUUCUUCUCUCAGUCGUAUGCACCCAUCACAGCCUCCUCUCUUCCAGUUUGGCCAGUUGAGGUAUUCAUCUCCUAUUUCUCAAGGAGUUGUGCCACUGGCUCCUCACUCAAUGUCUUUUGUUCAGCCGAAUGUUCCAUCCAGUUUCUCUUUCAAUCAGACCCCAGGAGGUUCACUGCCUAUUCAGUCUGGUCAAGAUUCCUCCCAGAGUCUCACGAAAAAUGAUAGUACAUCCCGUCCAGCAGAUAAACAAUCUGGUGUUAAUUCCCGGCACAUGGAUGUUUCUCAAGGAAAUAUGAGAGAGGACAGUUUGUUACCUGCCAGGGAAAAUGCUGAAAUCUCUACUACGGUGCAACGUGGGCGAUCAGAGCUGUCUCGCAUAGGUGAUAAUAAUUCCAGGUCUGAUUUAGGUGUCCGAGCAGCAGAUGAAGGGCACCAUAAUUUGGUUGUGGAAAACUACAAUGCUAUGUCUUUUACCCAAGAAUUAGAAGGGCAGCCUCAGACUGGAGCAGUACUUUCUCAGACAGUCACAAAAGAAAAAGGUCUAAAUGGGCCUAAGGUCCAAGGCUUGGUAUCCAGUGGUAGAGGGAAAAGGUACAUAUUUGCAGUGAAGAAUUCUGGCUCAAGAUCAUAUCCUGCCCCCGAGUCUACUACACACCCUGAAUCUAGUGGAUAUCAGAGGAGGCCGCGACGUCAUAUUCAGCGAACUGAGUUUCGGAUUCGUGAAGGUUUUGAUAAGAGACAACCUGCUGGCUUUGUUUCAUCUGAUGAUUUGGGGAUGGAUGAGAAGUCAAAUGCCAUUGGAAGGGGUAUAGUACCUUCUGUAAGAACUGGACCAAAGAGGGUUAUUUACUCACAUAAAGCAGCAUCAAAGCAAGCAUUCGAAUCGGAUUCUUCGAGCUCUGUUCCACUCGGUUCACGUGAAGUAGAUUCUGCCAGCCGAGCUGAAAGGGGAUCUGGGAAAGAAUCUUCAAUUAAAGGUCAGAGCAUUCCUCAGUCUGGAGAGGGGAAGCUGAAAAGGAAUAUCUGCUCUGAAGAAGCCGUUGAUGCUCCUUUGCAGAGUGGCAUUGUGCGAGUGUUUGAGCAACCUGGUAUAGAGGCCCCAAGUGAUGAAGAUGAUUUUAUUGAAGUAAGGUCUAAAAGGCAAAUGCUAAAUGAUCGACGUGAACAGAGAGAAAAGGAAAUCAAGGCCAAGUCUCGGGUUGCAAAGGUGCCACGAAGAUCUCGUCCUACUUCAAAGACUACAUCAACAAACUCAAGUAAAGUUUCUGCAUCAUCUGGUAGAGAAGCACCAAACAACAUUCGCCCUGAAUUUGUUGCCACUGAGGGACGUGAAUUGGGAAAUAGGGAAUUAUCAUCUGGUUUUAACACCACCUUAGUGUCACAGCCAUUGGCACCUAUUGGCACUCCUGCUAUGAAAAGUGAUUCCCAGACAAUCAGGCCAGUCCAGACAAGUUCCCAUGCAUCUGGUGCAGUAAAAAAUAUUGGGUCAGGCUUGCUAUUUGACAACAGAACAAAGGUUAUAGAUAGUGUUCAAACGUCUUUGAACUCUUGGGGAAAUUCCCGAAUCAAUCAACAGGUUAUGGCCCUGACGCAGACUCAGCUUGAUGAGGCUAUGAAGCCUGGGCAAUUUGAUUCUCGUGCCUCUGUGGGAAAUCAAACUAGCUCGGUUAGUGAUUCCAGCAUGACGUCAUCAUCCAUUUUGACGAAAGACAAGUUAUUUUCUUCUACUGCAAGUCCAGUAAAUUCAUUGCUUGCUGGGGAGAAGAUUCAAUUUGGUGCAGUCACAUCUCCGACAAUUCUUCACCAUAGCAUCCGUGCUGUUUCACAUGGAAUUGGGCCACCAGGUCCAUGCCGAACAGAAGUACAGCUUUCUCACAGUCUUGGUGGAGCUAAGAAUGACUGUGAUAUUCUCUUUGAAAAGGAUAAACACACUACAAAAUCUUGUGUGCAUCUUGAAGAUUGUGAAGCUGAAGCUGAAGCAGCUGCUUCAGCUGUUGCUGUUGCAGCAAUUAGUAGUGACGAAAUUGUUGGGAAUGGACGGGGUACUUGCUCUGUCUCCGUUUCUGAUACCAAGAGUUUUGGAAGCACCAGAAUUGAUGGGAUAACAACAGGUGGAGCUAGUGAUUCACGAUUUACUUGUCAGUCAAGGGCGGAAGAGUCUCUUAGUGUGUCUCUUCCAGCAGAUUUAUCUGUUGAGACCCCUCCAAUUUCUAUGUGGCCUCCCUUACCAAGUCCCCAGAAUUCUUCUAGCCAAAUGCUUUCACAUUUCCCUGGCGGUCCACCUUCUCAUUUUCCCUUCUUUGAGAUGAAUCCAAUGUUAGGGGGACCUGUAUUUGCUUUUGGACCACAUGAUGAAUCUAUAUCUACCACCCAGUCACAGUCUCAGAAGAGCACUGCACCAGCUUCAGCACCUGUAGGGACCUGGCAACAAUGUCAUUCUGGUGUAGAUUCAUUUUAUGGUCCACCUGCUGGAUUUACCGGUCCUUUCAUUAGUCCACCUGGGGGCAUCCCAGGGGUUCAAGGUCCACCACACAUGGUUGUCUACAAUCAUUUUGCACCAGUUGGACAGUUUGGGCAAGUUGGUUUGAGUUUCAUGGGUACUACCUAUAUACCAUCUGGAAAGCAGCCUGACUGGAAGCACAGCCCUGCUUCUUCUGCCAUGGUUGUUGGUGAGGGAGAGAUGAACAAUUUGAAUAUGGUUUCUGGGCAGCGCAAUCCUGCAAACAUGCCCACUCCAAUUCAGCAUUUGGCCCCAGGGUCACCGCUCCUGCCCAUGGCGUCACCGUUGGCAAUGUUUGACGUUUCCCCUUUCCAGUCCUCUCCUGACAUGUCGGUUCAAGCACGUUGGCCUCAUGUCCCUGCAUCGUCUCUCCAGUCUGUUCCUUUAUCAAUGCCAUUACAGCAACAAGCAGUUGCUGUACUUCCGUCUAAACUUAUCCCUGUAGACCAAUCAUUAACAGGCAACAGAUUCCCUGAAUCUCGAAAUACUUCAUCCUCUGACAGGAAUCGAAACUAUCCAGUGACCACUGAUGCCACUGUGUCUCAAUUGCCGGAUGAACUUGGCUUAGUAAACCCUUCAAGUACCACGGGUAAAGGGGUUUCUGCACACAAUGUAGUCAGUAAGAGCUCAUCUGUAAGCAUGAAUUCAGAUACUAGCAAGUCUGAUGUAGCUCAAAAUGUUAGUAGCAGUGGUAGUGGCCAGAACACUAGCUCCAAUGUCAAGUCUCAACCUUCUCAGCAUAAGAGCAAUAUCUCUGGCCAGCAGUAUGGUCAUUCCUCUGGCUAUAAUUAUCAUAGAGGAGGCGGACCUUCUCAGAGAAGUAGCUCCGCCGGUGAGUGGACCCAUCGAAGACCGAGUUUCCACGGUAGGAAUCAAUCCGUGGGUGGAGAAAAGAGUUUUCAUUCUUCAAAGAUGAAGCAAAUUUAUGUGGCAAAACAGACCUCUACCUCUACCGGUUCUUCGACACAAUCGUGAGAAUCCAGAAAGUUAGUCCUCCCUUGUGUUUUUAUGGAUUUUCUUGAGAGGUUGAAUCAUUUAUUCAAGAAUAAAAAAUUUUGGCUAUUUUUUUUUUUGGCAGCACCUGUGUUUAGUGUUUAGUUAUGAGAUUUGGCUUUUCUUGACUGGGAAAUAUGAGUAGAUUCCGUAGGUAACUACUGUGCUAGUUUUCCAAGAUGAAGGUUGUUACAUCACUCCAUCUGUGCUGUUUGUUCACUCCACACCAGAUUGUCCAUUUGUGAAAAACCAAAAAAGAUUUGAUGUACUAAAUUAUUUAAUUGUUCCCGGUAAGAGUUCUUUUUUAUUAUUCACCGCAGAUCAUUAAUGAUAGUAAAUCUUAAUCUUUCUCUUUGUUUCAA